AUGCUAUUGAUUAUCUUAUAUGGAAAACAGCUCAAGGGCAAAAAAAAUUGACCAAUAGAAUAGACGAUACAAUUGAACUUACUGAUAAAGAGCGUGAAUGUGUAUCUAGAUUUAAACAAAAUACAGCACAGGAUCUAACAGUAUGGCAGUAG